GGCAACGCCUAGAACCCACGUCAAAGGAUCGGCCGGGUACGGGGCGACGGGUACGGGGCGACCGCCGACCCGACUCCCGGCAGAGGCCUCUGGCCCCAGCCCGAGCCACCCUCCCCCCGCCCCCCGGCUUGCUGCCGCCUCCCCCCGUGCGGGAUGAACACAGCCGCGGCCGCCUCGGGGCCCCAUGGAGCAGCCGCCGCCGCCGCCGCCGGUCCGCCCGCCAGCGAGAAUGACCUUGUUGGGCAGCCCACACCCCGGAGCCCCCUCCGCGGCCGGCGCACCUGGAGGGACUUCCUCCGCGGCCACCGCGGCGGCCGUGCUCUCCUUCAGCACCGUGGCGACCGCGGCGGCCGCGGCGCUGGGGAACCAGAGCGACGGGAACGGGGGCGACAGCACUGGCGCCUCGGCUGGCGGCGGCCUCGGCGGGCCCCGAGAGGAGGGCCACGCGUCUCUGUCCCUGUCGGACCUGCUCACGGCGCUGCUCUGUCUGCCCGCCGCCUUCCUGGACCUGUUCACGCCGCCAGGGGGCUCGGUCCCCGCCGCCGCCGCCGCCGCCGCCGCCCCCGUCGCCCCCGCCGCGGGGCCCUGGCGCGGCUUCUGCGCCGCCAGCCGCUUCUUCAGCUCGUGCUUCGGCAUCGUGUCGACGCUCAGCGUGGCCCUCAUCUCGCUGGACCGCUACUGCGCCAUCGUGCGGCCGCCGCGGGAGAAGAUCGGUCGCCGCCGCGCGCUGCAGCUGCUGGCGGGCGCCUGGCUGGCGGCCCUGGGCUUCUCCUUGCCCUGGGAGCUGCUCCGCUCGCCCCGGGAGCCCCCGGCGGCCCAGAGCUUCCACGGCUGCCUGUACCGGACGUCCCCGGACCCCGCGCAGCUGGGCGCGGCUUACAGCGUGGGGCUGGUUGUGGCCUGCUACCUGCUGCCCUUCCUGCUCAUGUGCUUCUGCCACUACCACAUCUGCAAGACGGUGCGCCUGUCCGACGUGCGCGUGCGGCCUCUGACCACGUACGCGCGCGUGCUGCGCUUUUUCAGCGAGGUGCGCACGGCCACCACCGUGCUUAUCAUGAUCGUCUUCGUCAUCUGCUGCUGGGGGCCCUACUGCUUCCUGGUGCUGCUGGCUGCGGCCCGGCAGGCCCAGGCCGCGCAAGCCCCCUCGCUCCUCAAUGUGGUGGCCGUCUGGCUGACCUGGGCCAAUGGGGCCAUCAACCCUGUCAUCUACGCCAUUCGCAACCCCAACAUUUCGAUGCUCCUGGGGCGCAACCGGGAAGAGGGCUACCGGACUAGGAACGUGGACGCUUUCCUGCCCAACCAGGGCCCCGGUCUGCAGGCCAGAAGCCGCAAUCGCCUUCGAAACCGCUACGCCAACCGGCUGGGAGCCUUCAGCAGGAUGUCCUCUUCCAACCCGUCCAGCGGGAUGGGAGGGGACGUGGUCAUGUGGGCUCGAAAAAACCCAGUUGUGCUUUUCUGCAGGGAGGGGCCCCUAGAACCAGUGACAGCAGCGGUCAAACAGCCUAAGUCUGAAGCUGGGGACACCAGCCUCUAAGAAAGGUUGGGAUUCACAGCUUGUAAAGGCAAAUUUUCAGCUGCACCGUUUGAUGAUAAGGGAUUCUGGGGAGAAUCGUGUAUUUCAUAAAGCCAAACAUUUAAAAAAGAGACAGAGGGGGAGGCUUACCCCUUCCCCCAAACAACAUACAAGACAAUGUGCCCUUCUUCAAAAGUGCCAAGUGUAAAAUGCAAAAAUUAAAAUAUUAAACCACACAACCAA